CGAAAAUAGUCUAAAUCGUGGAAACUUCGGCUUUAUCAAAGGCGCCAGGUGGCCGUCCUGAGAGGCGGAGAGAAGAAGCGAGCGCAAAUCAAUCCUUCUUUUCUGGAUAUCCUCUCUGCAUUCGAAAUCCGGGGUUCAGCAGAAGAUCCAACUUUUCCCAAUCCUACACACCACUUUUUCCAUCUCAUCCACACGGGUACGAAGCACACCGACACCCAACCAUGUCAGAAUACGAAACGCAAAAGCUCUCCAACCUCGGCCCUUCCUCGCCCUCCCGCGGGAUGGCAUCCCAAGGUCUAGGCCAAGACUAUUCCGUCGACAUUGAACGGCGGGGCCUGACCUCUGUCCUCCCCGACGACGACGAGAUUGCCCCGUUCGAUGAUCUCAAUGACCCGCCGGGCAAAUUUAGCUGGAACCCGAUGGAUUGGGUGAAGGAGUUUCAGCAGGAUUACAAGGAGUUUUCGUGGGCGAUGACGGAGAAGAGGAGGGUGCUUCUCCGCGCCGUCUUCGGCGAAGGUCUCUGCACCUUCCUCUUUUUGUUCAUCGUCGAAGCAGUAACGGUCAACAACGGCCGCCAGGAGAACCCAGAAAACCUGACGCUGGGCGCCGUGUCGACUGCGUUCUGCAGUAUUGCGCUGAUCUACUCAUUUGCGGAUGUAUCUGGAGCCCACUUCAAUCCGGCGGUCACUUUUGCGACGAUGGUUACGGGGAAGGUUUCUAUUCGGAAGGGCCUCGCCUUCAUUGGCAUCCAAUUGAUUGCCUCCAUCUUCUCCGUUGUUGCGCUCCUGAUUGUGUUCCCCGGCCCACACGCGGGCUACAGCAGCAUCCCGGCAUCCAUCGUCGUCGACAUCGACUCUACCGCCCACCUCGGACAGGCAUUUGCUAUGGAGCUGGCUUUGACAUUUAUUCUGGUUUAUGUGAUUUUCGCGACCGCUUUCGAUACUGUCGACACCUCCAACGCUGUGAAAGUGAAAGCCAAGGGGGCUGGCCAAAAGGACGAGAGCGUCGGCCGCAACUUAACUAUUUACACGACAUCCGGCAAUACCAAAGCCGGUUUCGCCCCUUUUGCGAUCGGAUUCACUCUCGGAUUCUUGGGCCUAAUCGGCGGCACCGUCUCCGGCGGCGCCUUCAAUCCCGCGCGUGCAUUCGGCCCAGCUCUCCUCUCAGGCAAAUGGAGCAACCACUGGGUAUACUGGUUCGGCGACUUCAUCGGAGCCGGUCUAGCGGGAUGGGCACAGCACUUCUUUGCGCAUGAGGCGACGCAGACGAGUGCUGACCAGAAGACCAAGAAGGGCGCUGAGAGGGAGAGGGCAGAACAGGCUGCCGUUUAAGGGUGGGCAUGCGAAAGGGCAUUAUUUUGUGAUGGUGCAGUGGGUGGAAACAUUGGAUGUUGGGGUGGGGGUUGGACGUAA